CGAUCUUUUAGGUUUUUGCACGUUGUUCACUCGAAGCAAAACGUUUGGUAAUUUCUUUUCGUCUCUACAUUUCCACGCUCUCAAACUGUCGUCGAAAACACACGUCAAGUUUAUGUACAAGAAUAUAUAGUCAGAUUUUGCAAAGGACGCGAGGGUUUGCUUAAAAUUGCGAUCGAAAUGUCCCGACCACUUCGCGAAAUAGAACCGACGAAAACGUCUAGCUUGAAGCUGUAUUCGAGUUCAACUAUUGAGUGCUUAGAAAGACUCGAAGGGAGCGAUGAAGUCUCUACAAGAAUAUUUGGAAAGUCUAGUCGCUGUGGGAAAUAUUCUUGGCUUGUACGCGGCUCUGCACUUGAGGUAUAUUAUUGUUUUAAUAAGUUUUAUCAAUAGUAAAUACAAUUAUACAAAUAUGCAUAAAAUGUUACUUUAUUCACUAAUAUCCAGGUGUUUAUGAUUAUUUAUCCACUUGUUUAUGAUUUACAAUAAUGGCCUACCAGAUUGCAGAGGAUGGAACGUGCAUAUACGAGAAUAUUUUGGUCCAACAUAAACUUUGCACCCUUGGAAUAUAAUAAUAUGCUUACACAAAGUGUUUGUUGCAUAUUAUUGGCAACUUUUAACAAUAACAACCUCAGUGCAUUUUUGAAUAAAUUUCAGACAUGAUUGCACUCUUGCACACCUAAAGUUUAGUCUUGCCCACCCAAGGUCUCGUUGGAAACUGUCGUACACUGCAGCAUGGAAAGCCAGACACUGCAUUCGAUGUUGGCCUUCAGCAUGAGUUUGGCUUGCUAGUGCACACCAGACUGUAAAGUGUUGGCUUUGCAGGAAUUUUUACCCUCGUGUGUGGCGCUUGGACGUGCAUUGAGUCUACUUUGUUUAUUAUUGUGACAAGUUUGGCAAAAUUUUAUCCGAAAUAACGUUACUGUCGUUCCAAUUGAAGUGUUGCUCAAAUAUUGAUUCAAUACAUUACCUCGGGCUGACCAAUUUAUUUCGUCAAGUUCCUCGAGAUAUUCAUACAUUUCCUGUGAAAGAGCCAAUUCCAAGUAUUUGAUCAUUUCUGGUCACUUCCUUUCUUUUUAUGAUUGGUUAGUUGCACAAACAACAAAGGUGAUUGGUGCAUUCAAACUAUUCAACAGGAAGUUUACAAUUAUACUAGGAAGUGUAUGAAUAUCUCGAGGAACUUGAUGAAAUGAAUUGGUCAGCCCGAGGUAAUCUAAUAUUGAAUCAAUAUUUGAGCAACACUUCAAUUGGAACGACAGUAAACUAGAGUAUAAAUAUUUAGCAAAUUACAAACAAAAACAGCAUAAAAUAUGCAUAAUUUCAAACACUGGUAAUUUUACUAUGUACAUUCUCUCAAAGUUUUAAUUUCAAAAUUUUACUAGGAUGAAAGCGAAUUUUUUUCAUUUUUUUUUUCAAAAUUUUUUGAAAACUAUAGCACUGGGGUCACCUAGCCUGUGAUUAUGUCAUAUUUUUUAAAUCUUGAAGAAGUGCUGAUUGGCUGUUGUGCAUGAUUCCGGUACAACAUGACCGCCAGUUAUUUUGGUAAAACUACCUUACGGUUUUCCCGCAGAAAUGACACCUCCGUAUGUAUAAUAUGGUUAGGUACCACUCUGUACCUUGGGCACAGAAUAAAGACACACAUAAGCAUAUAACCACUGCCAUGCCAUGAUGUGUCAUCAAAAUGCUGAUGCCAUGGGAUUUAUCUGAGGCAUUCACCCCAUAAUAAUAUGGUGUGUUUUGAUCCCCCAUCAUAACAAUAAAAUCCACGUAUGCUCAGAUUCGACUGGAUAUUAUCUUUAAUAUUAUUGAUUUGUGCAUUACUUUCAUAUGUAGUUAGGGAAUAUUUUAUGGCUUCUGUUAUAAAAAUGUACCGACAAAAUACAAAUAUAACAAAUGCAUAAAUUAUUAAGUGUCCAUUAGAGGCAUAAUAGGCAGCCACACACUAAUUUAACAUUUGUUAUUGAACUGGACAAGUGUAGACAGACACUACUUUGCAUGGUGUACACAAACUAGAUUCUGCUACGUUGGACUACAACUGAUAAACUCGUACUAAUAUUGGAUUCAAUACUGUUAGUUUCAAGAUAUUGGUAUGCCGAGCAGUUCCCUAACCUUUCUUUGACGUGAUUGUGGAAACUGCUUAGUUUUGAUAGAUGGCAGACUUCGAUGUCUCACAAAAUCUUGAGCUUCUCCAACUGAACAUACAUUGAUCUUCUAUUAUACUAAUAACUAGGGGUGCACUGGAACUCGGACACUUGGUUCAGGCUAGAACAAUUUUUCAGAGUUUCAGUUCCGGCUGGAACUAAUAAAAAAAACAUGGCUGGAACCGGAACUUUGUCGUUUUCAGAGAGAUAGGAAAUCAUGUUUAUUUAUUGAAUAGCAUAGGAAGAAAUUUGGACUACACAUGAAAAAUGUACACUCACUCUGAUAACACUUCAUUAUGACGUUUAAUGUUAGUCAAUCUUUUUAUUCGAACAUUUCCGAGCUCUCUCCUUGAUGACUGAAAGUGUGUGCAUGACUGUCUGGCAGCAGACAAAGUAACAUAGUUGAUAUGACCAUAUAUUGCUUAAUGAAUCAGUUCUUGUUCCGACCGAAACUUUUUUCCAGUUCCGGCCAGAUUCGGUUCUGGCCGGAUCUUUAAAAAUUGGUUCCAGUGCACCCCUAUUAAUAACUUUUUGUUGAUUUAUUUAUAUACCGUAUAGGAGGGGUGCACCGGAUUUCAAAUCCGGCCAGAAUUCCGGCCGGAUUUAACGAAUUUUCCGGUAUCCGGCAUCAUUUCUGUUUUCACCUUAAAAAAUUCACCAAGAAUGGGGUAAACCAUCAAUUUGGCAGCUUUAAAGUUUAAAAAACACUUAUAUCAUUAUAAAAUAUUAAGUUAUUAACAAAAAGAUAUUUAAAAAAGGUUUAAACACAAUCAAAAAUCUAAACUGACACCAACUAAAAAUAGUAAAAAACAUAAACCGCCAUUUUGAAUACUGAUUUAUCCCCAAUUGUCCCCAUUACUGGUUUAUCUCAAAUCCGGCAAAUCCGGCCGGAAUUCCGGCCGGAAUUUUUGUCCAAAUCCGGUAAAUCCGGUUCCGGCCGGAUUUGAAAAUUCCAAAUCCGGUGCACCCCUACCAUAUAGUACCCCUAUCGACCAAGUACAUUUAUAGAAGUGACUAUUCCACUUUUGACUCAUUUUUUUCAUUCUGCUAAUUUACUGUAGGUCAUUAAUCCAACAUCAGGCCAACGGCUCUCUGCUUGGAGAUUUGGUUGGAGUUCAAGCAAAAAAUUGUCAUUUUCAAUUAAUUGUGUGGAAGAAUUACCUACACCUGACAGUCUGUACUUGCUUGUCGGCUUGCAGAAUAUGGCAGGAUCUUCUGGAAUGGUGUGUUUAUUUGAUCCAGUGCUAUCAAGAGUCAUUAAAGCAAUCGAGUUUCCAAGAGCUGUCACAACACUUGAGUGCUUGACAACAUCAGGUGGAGCCAAUGCACCACAACAUUCGAUAAGGUAUUUUAGUGCAGAUAUGGAAAUUUACUAAUUUUCUGAUAACCAAUAUAAUCAUGCAUUAACACUUAUGACUUGUGUAUACAUGUACAUUUAUAACGCCUUUGCAGGGCGCAAUAAUUCGCGUACCAACGUACAGGAGGUAUGCCGAAAUUAUGGUCUGGUGCUUCUUUGACUGUUUUUAGCCGAGUACCACAUAGGUACACAGGAAUUUGCUAUUCGCGUACUUACAUUUCCCUUCUAUAGAAGUAAAAGUAUUCAAAACCGUCAAUAACUUUAGCUGUACAUGUUGUUAACUUUGUAUCGUAACUUUGGUAUCAAGGUUGUUAACUUUGGUAUCUAUCUGUGUUUUUGGCAUCUACGUAGUAGACGCUAUAUGCUAUCAAGUUAUCAACUAGAGUGGAGGCUUGUUAACGCUACAGUAUGUCCAUAAAUGGUUCGACAAGGUUAGGCUGUCAGCACACUCGGUAAAUCUUCUGUAACUGAGCGUCGCCAAUGGCAUCCAAGUUGCAACAACGCUUUGAAAACUGUUAUGUUAUGUCGUACAAAUAACAUUAAUUAAAGAUUUGUUUCCACAAAAUUGUGCAUCGUUUUUGCUUUUAGACCAGUAAACCAUUCAAUGUGAUCUAAACGUCUUAGGCUGUUGGAACCAUUAAAAUGUUUAUCAUGAACUAAACAAAUUAAUAAAUGUGGAGCAUUUAGUUUUAUGUGUGAUAGUAUUGCAUACUAGUAAACUUAUUUAAUUAAAUAUAUAAAAUUCAGAAAGGUUUAAUUUUUCCCAUCAAAGGCUGUGUGCAUUAUAUACGUAAGUACUGUAUGUGUAAAAUGCAAGACUCGGAAGCAGUGGCGGAAACUUUGCGAAAUUUUGGGGGGCGAGUGCCGAAGACAUGAGUUUUUUAGGGGGGUCUGGGGGCAUGCCCCCCCAGAAAAUUUUUAAAAUUUGGACCCCUGAAAUGGCAUUUGCAGCAUUCUGAGAGCGCAUUUUGUAAGAAAUUCCAGGUUUUCAAAACAUUAAGUUAAUGGUGAAUUUUGGUUUAAAUCAUGUGGUAAACAUAAAAAACCGGUAAUCUGAACUUGCAGUACGUAAUAAAUAUCUAAACCAGAGAAGUGAAAGAACACCUGAAAAUUACUACCUAUAGAAUAGAUACUGUAUAGUCCGUAGUAAAUUUGAUACAAUUAAUUGCUAUUGUUUUAUGAACACUUGGGAAAAUACUCUAUAUUAUAUAUGCAUGUAUAUCAUAAAUUUAAGAGCCUAUAUACUGCCGUAACUGGACACGAUUAAGGUUACAUCAUUAGAAGCUACUGUUUUACACCUUUUAAACAUUGUGGUCAAAUUUGGGACGAAUCGGAUAAAACGCUCUGUAGUUAAUUUAAACUCUUUUUUGUCGAGGAGAUUGGGUAAUUUUGCUUUGUCUUCAAACGACCAUAUAAGAUUUGGCCAUUUCUGUCAUUUUAUCCGCCCCCAAUGUUAAUCCACUUGUGGCCAAACCACAAAAUGUGAACUUUGCUGGUGUCAAAUAUCAAGGUGUGGGAUUCACUAAAGUAUAAGUUGUUGUUCGGAGGCAUAUAUCAUUGCGACAACAUUAGAGAGCUUAUAAUAUAGUAUUUACAGAAUCUCUCGAAGUUCAAGCUAUGCGCGAUGUUGGCUUCGGUGACUUUUCUACUGCGUUUGCGUUUUGGUUUAGACCGUUCCUUACUAAUUGUAUUUAAUCGCAAGAGGUCAGACGGUCAAAAAUCCCGAAUCGUACAGUUUAAGUAAAGACUUGUAGCACAGCUAGCGCUUAAAACUAAUUUCAUCUUUAGCUUGUUUUUAUUAAAACUUACCAUUUCGUUUCCUUAUAUUGUGCUUUCAUUUUUCAAAAUGAAUUAUGAAAUCUAGCUAAAAUAUAAUGUUAGUAAAAUUUUGGGGGGGGGGCGAUCGCCCCCCCCUAGUUUCCGCCACUGCUCGGAAGUAGCCUUAGGUACAUCUUGACUUGUAAGUUUGUACCAGCUCAAGUACAUCCUCGUACCCAGGGUCAAAAUAGCCUGGGUACGAGGUUGGCUCAAGUACUCUGCAAGAUUAUUUGGAGUACCAGUCCGGUACGGCUAAAAAUAUUGAAUUAUCGCACCCUGCUUUGAAUAUGACUACUGGUAUGUAUUGAAUUUAUAUCGGUACAUUUGGGCAGUAAGUAUUGCUUUUCCCAAAAAAUGGCUGUAAAUCAGACAGAAAUAAAUUAUUUAUGCAAAUUAUAUUCAUAAGAUAAGCAUGUGUAUUAGUUGUAUUUAUAAAUACAACUUUUCAAUACUGAAAUUAUGCUAAAACAAUUAGUCACCUUAGGUUUGGUGAUUACAAACCUAUAUUCACUUUGCCUUCGGCUCAGUGAAUAUAGCCUAACCUUGUAAUCACCUCGCCUUCGGUGACUAGUUGCUAAGUAAUUACCAGACUUACAACUUUAGGUAACUUGCAUGUAAAGCAUUUUACGUUCUACCUCCUGUAUCAAGUUACAGUACAAUGUUCAACAAAAACAUGGAAUAUAAUUAAUUUUCGAAUGGCAUCAUCGGUGCAUAUCUUCAUUGAUGUAUAUGGCGGGAAAUAGGAUGGAAAACUAGUAAAGUCCUUCUGUAAGAGGAGCCACACAAAUUAAAUAGGGAUUUGAAAAGGACUUUGCAAAAGUCUGUUUGAAAAAGCAGUGAUAGACAAAUUUGGCUAAUGUUUGUUUAUAUCUCCAAUUCACAUCUUUAGGUAACUCACAUGCCUAGUGUAGUUACUAUUGAUCUAUGUUUGUGAUGUUAUUCUGAGUGUGUAUCCACAACAGGCAAGCUGAAAAGUUUACCUGACCACGGUGGGAAUUGAACCCGCGACCUUUGGGAUACUAGUCCAAUGCUCUACCAAAUGAGCUACAAGGUCAAGUCGGUUUGAGUUGGUGAUAUUUCGGAACUGAGUCUAGUUCCUACAAUAUCAAUGUAUUCUAAGAUAUGAUGAAAAAAUAUAUCUUCGAUUACGUUGAUAUCGAAGGAACUAUAGACUCAGUUCCAAACUAUCACCAACUCGAACCGACUUGACCUCAUAGCUCAGUUGGUAGAGCGUUGGACUAGUAUCCCAAAGGUCGCGGGUUCAAUUCCCACCGUGGUCAGGCACACUUUUCAACUUGUCCGGUGUGGAUGCACACUCAGAGUAACAUCACAAACAUAAUUAUAAUAAUAUUCACCUGAUUACAAAACACCAACACACACAAAGACUAUGAUACUAUUGUUCUAAUUUACGGAAGCAUAGAAUAGAACAAAGGUAGCUAAGCUUUAGAAAGUUGAGUGAAUAACUUUAAAUGUUACCAAUGUUAGCCAAAUUUGUCUAUUGCACUAGAAAGGCGGGCCAUCAAAUAAUGCAAAACCAUUUUAAAUGUGUAUUGAUUUCAUUCAUUACUAACUUUAUUCAGUUACAUGUCAUGCAUGUGUUUUUAAUCUUCCCAGUUGGUCUUUGCUUUCUUGUCUGUACUUUUCUACUCACUCAAUGUAUUAAGCAACGAUCGAAUUUCAGCUCGCGGCGCCCUCAACAUCAAUUGUGAAGUUUUAAAUAUAAAUUUCGUCAUUUCUUAAUUUGGUCUAUUUUAAGUUAUCCGACCAGCAGUUGGCAUAAGAGAUUAACAACUUAAACUCGAAUGAAAAGUUUAAUACGAAGAAACUCCUUGCAUAAUAUUUAACAGGUCAAAAACAGCGCAAAAAUCAAUCUUGUUCCCAGAGCCAAAAUAUGGUCGGUCACUGUAUUACCAGCGUCAUACAAAUUUGACCAGUCAUUAAAAUUUGGCCAGUCAUUGACCAGUGACCGUCCGUUAUUUUUAGCCCGGGGAUUCGACUUACGCAUGAUAACAAGAAGUAUUCAGACCAUUUUCAAUAUUGUCUACGGAAGCAGAGCUCAGAGUCAUCCAAUGUUAAAUUUGUCUAACAGAGAAAUUGGAGUUUGAUGUCUCAUGAAGACAUUUGUGUUUAUCACUGUAUUAUCUUUUAUUCGUAGUGCUCAGUUACGUCUGAUGUUUGGAGUGGCUGCGGUCGGCAUGGAUUGUGGUCAUGUGUACCUGGUUGACCUGCGGCUAGAUGAUGAUGUCGAGGAAUUUGAUGAGUGGAAUCCAAGUCAUUUGCAAAUUGUCGACCUAGAUAAUCCUAAUAUUGCAUUACUCAGGAGCAGAGCUAGGGAGGAUGGAGCACAUAUGGCAUUUGAGUUGGGAGGUUUGUGUUAUGAACAUUUAAUAUAAUAUCAUAAAUGACCUUAAACAUAUUUUGAGUUGUUUCAAAGUUAUUCUUAUAGACAGCUUGGAUAUGACUUCUGAAACGAACCAUGCAUUACUCUUGAGAAAUUCAACUCAAAAUAAAGAAGUAAAAACAGUCAGAUUUCUAUGCCAAAACAAAUGUUGUGUUCACUGUCUAUCUAAGGUCUCAACUAAUUGUAUACUGAGGCCGAGAUUUCUAGAAUGUUGAAGUCAGCAAGCCAAUUCGCACAUUCAAAGACCUCGUUCUCAGUUCGGAUAAAAUGCGAGUUAAAUCAUGACAUGCAAGAAAUUCAAACAAAAUGUUUAUUUGUUCAAAGUGCAUCCAGGUAUAUCUGUAGUACGAACUGUACAACAAUGUUUGAUAAAUUUGCAUACGUCUCCAAGUAUAUUUUGCGCAGGGCUAAUUGGCUAAACAAAACUUAAGAAAGUGACAAUGAAUGCUUUUAUUUAAGGACGGAAACACCGCGAUCAGACGCGGUCUGUACUCAAAAGACUGGAAAUAGUGUUGUCUUCCCGAAGCUCUAGCAAAAAUACGAGAGUUUAACUCCGUAUAACUACGUCUUGACACAAGGAAAAAGUGGCGAAAUUCUCUACCUUAUACCUUCAGCCGUUUCCUUACAGUAAACGCUUUUCUUUUCCCUUAUUUACUCCUACAAUAUACUUUUGGCAGACAUUUCCCCCGCCAUUUCCGUAUUCUCGCGCACGCGCUUUACGUUUGACUGAGGUGUUAAGGCUGGAUGGAUAUAGAUCCAUCAUUCCAUACUGCCGACCUAUACGUAAAGUGAGGUGAUAGAUGUGUGGAGACAAAUGCACUUUUUUUGGUUUAUAUUUAACAGUUAUUUUGCAAACACGAGUCCUAUAUGAGCUGAUACCUAUAAAGCACGGGUUCAAUCCCCCUCCCCCCUAACUUAUCACUCUGUUUACCUAUCGUUCAAUGCCCUCGUCUCACCCCCACGGAAUGUCAUCUACUAUCCCUACAUUGCCACAACAAUAUCUACGCUGUCAUUAAACAGAGUUCAAUAUAAUUCUGAAAAGUUGGUCUGACAUUGUGUCAGACCAACCCAUGUUUCGGUCGAACAUGAUCCGACACUUAAUUAUUCUUGGUUUCUAGAACUGUGACAAAACCGUACUGACAACUACCAAAAGUCCAAAAACCAUAUGCAUAUAAAUUAUGCAUAAUAGUUAACAAAAUUACACAAUAUCAACGACAACUUACUCAGUAACAGUAUAUAUAACAUAAAAUAUUUCUCUUAACACACGAGAUCACAUUGUUAUUGUAUGGAUCGUUACUAAGUCAGAUUCUGUGAUUGUCUAGCAGACGGAAUUUUUUUUUUGCAUGUGUUAAAGAUUACAAAUUUUGUUAAAAAGAUUUGCAACAAUAAAGGAAAAAUUAUUCAAAUUAAUGAGACAAAACGGUCGGCCAUAAUGUCCGUGCAGAGUAAUCAGUAAACGGCCAUAUCAGCAUUUUGCUCGGCUAUAUAAUGGCCGGUGGCCGACCGUUUUAUUGACCCCUGCCAUUAAACCAUAAUAAGUAAUCUUAGCCUCUGCGGAGGAGUGACUUUGUGAGACAUUUCUGAAGCGUAUUUUAACUUCUGGCCGUGUAUCAUGCUCAUUUUCGCACAAUAGCCGGUUCCCCUUUAUAUUGCGUAUUCUGAAUACAACUACCAGCAUGCUUUUCGGACGCGUUAUUGCAUAUUACUUCAACUGUUUUAAAACAGAAAUUAAACGACCAAACUUUUACACAUGCAAAUGAUAGUUUGAGAUAUAAAUAUCAGAACAAAGAGGCAACAAAUAAAUGCAUUUACAUAAAAAUAAAAGCCUUCAAGUUUACCUUCAAAAGUCGCCAUUUUGCAAUGCGGUCGCGAGUUCGGUACCAGCCUCCUGCUUGAGAAGAUUUGCUAAAAUGUAAAAAUCCCCCACCUCCUGGGGCAAGAAAAAGGAUCAAAUCCCCGUCUAAUCUCCAUCAAGUCCCCGGGGUUUGGGGGGGGGGGGCUGUUCCCAGUGACAAGUGCAUGCAUUACUGCUAGAUGCAUUUACCACAUUAUAUACACAGAUUUAUAACACUAAGAAACCAAAACUUUAUAAUAAUAUAGAACUGACAGUGACCAAAGUAGCAAACCUUACACCUGUAUUAAAGAACGUCGCAGAAAGAACAAAGAUCCGAAGCCGGACUGCCGAAGGCCUUUCAAUACUUGUGCUUCCACGUGAAUGUUAAAACGUCCAAAUUCGAAUUAAGGAUAAAAUUGAAUAAAAGAAAGGAACGUUUCUGAUUAUCAAAAUAUUUAUCAACAUAUGUUUUCAUAAAGCAAAGCAGAACUAUCUUGCUCCAAAAUUGUGCUGAACUAUAUCAAGUCUGUUUUAUCAAUGUAAUCAAUGUAAUGAAUCGAUGUAAGUAUAGUUGCUUUUGCAUGCCUUAAUGUCUAGGAACGCAAGGUUCCACGGCGUGGAAACACCACGGAAAAAUAGCUUACUGCGCAUUUCCGAUCGCGCAUGGCCACAAUGCAGUGCGCUGGAAUGUUUUGAGAUAAAAAUCCCCAUCUACACAAAUUAGAUCUGCUGCGUCGCUCGCUUCCAUGUUUUAAAAUUUGAACGCUCGACAAGCAGUAAACUCAAAAGUACUGUCCCGUUUGAAAUUUGAACGGUAUGUCCAUACAUGAAAAGGCGAACUGCAGUAAUUAGAAACCGGCUUUAGGGACUGUUCGUUAAUUAUGGCCAGGGGGGGGGGGCUGGUGUUCAGAAUAGGGGGUACAAAUUUCAAAAUCAGAAAAAAGUGGGGGGUACAUUUUUUGAGUCGAUGAAAAAUGGGGGGGGGGGGUACAAUUUUAGUUCUAGCAAUUUCAUAUAUUGCUUGACUUUGAUACUAUGCAAAGAAAAUUUUGGGCAAAAAUAAAAGAAAUUUCUAAAUUAGCAGAAAAACACUAUUAAUUAAAACAGAAUAUUUUGAUAAAUUUUAAAAACCGAAAUUUUUUUAAAUGAAAAAUAUACUAAUAUAAUCUCGACCCCAGACUAUAGAUUAAGUGUGGACAGAUGUGUAACUUCAGUAAAAAAGUUGUCCCAUGGGCGCCAUUUUCCUAGCAAGUGUCGCUCGCGUGAUCACAACCUCGUUGGCGUGAUUAUGCGUCAUUUGGUAAUAAUGUAAUUGCUUUUGAAAGUGCUUUCAACACCUAGCUUUUCUACAACUUUACAAAUGAUGUUCUUGAUUGUUUUUUUCUCGCAUGAUUUUUUUUUUUUGGGGGGGGGUACAAUUUUUAAAACGUUGAAUUUUAGGGGGGUACAUUUCUUGAUAAACUCCCUAAAAAAUAAACACCCCCCCUGGCCAUAAUUAACGAACCUCCAUUAGCGAAGCUAGAAAUUGCAUGCAGCUGCUCAACUUCAUGCUAACACGUUUUUGGUUCUUUAAUUAUUCAAACCUUUAGAAAUGUAUUGUCUUUAGUCUGUCUUUAGUCACGUUGAUUUGCACAGUAUGACCACCAGAUUAAUUGUACAUCAAAAUCGAAAGAAAAUGCAGCUUUGUUAUUAGUUCAAUAACAAAGUGUGAAUGCAGAAAGUUAUAGUUAUGGAAGACAUUAUCGAAGGUAAUAGCAAUAAAAAGAUCGAGUUUAUGUCAAGGCAAAGAUUCUUUUCUCGCUUCAGUGUUUGGUGGUUCUUGGUACGAGACAAAAAAGGCUCGAGACAAAGAUAGGCGUGUCUUUCUGGACUUCAAUUCAAAAUUAUCUUGGAUUAUUUUCGCGAGAAAGCUUUUAUAACUUCUAAAAGUGCUUUAAUAUUAUCUAAAAUUGUCCAAAUUUUCUGUUUAAUGUAUGAAAUUUUUACCGGAAGUGGGCUUUCUGUGCUCGCAGGAAAACUACCCACAGUAAACAAUUGCAGAUUUUGAUUGGCUUAGAGCGAAAUUGUCAACAAAUGCGGUGAUUGGUCGAGAACGAAAUUCCCCCUCGUUGCGGCACACGUCACAUUUUUGUGACACGAUAUGAAAGCACUCUUUGUAUGCAUAUAUGUACACAAAAGGGCCGAAGUAUAAAGGAAGCAGCCAAGCACAUCAAAUAGACAUCGAAAUCGAAAGGACACGAAGCUACCUUACAAAUUCGAUAAUGUUAAACAUUCGGAAUCCAACAACUCCAGCAAUGGAAGUCGAAACAAGAGAAGGCAAUGUGAUCGAAGUCAUCGAACUAAAUGUUGGUGGGACAAUAAUGGCGACAAAAAGAUCGACUUUAUGUUUAGUCAAAGAUUCUUAUCUCGCUUCAAUGUUUGGUGGUUCUUGGGACGGGACAAAAAUGGCGCGCGACAAAGACGGCCGCGUCUUUCUGGAUUUCAAUCCAAACCAUUUUGCCGUUAUCUUGGAUUAUCUUCGCGAGAAAGCUUUUACAACUUCUGAAGCUUCCCUAGCUUUGUUUAAAAUUCCCCCAGAAGAAGUCGAGAGUGUUAUUAAACUUGUUGACAAUCUUGGAUUAAGCUUGGAUGAGAUGCGGCUACCAAAGUUCCCCAAGACUGAAGCGUUCCAAUUCCAUAGUGAAGGCAUUAAACUGGAAGAAAAUGGUGCUGUGGCAGGCACGACUAACACGAGGAGUCGUCGUGUCGUUGGUCAAAAUAUUUACGAGCGCGGAGUGUUUCGAAUCAAAUUAAGCCUUGAGCAUCUGGGUUUUAAUCAGAAUGAGACUAGCGAAGUCGGAAUUGGUAUGAUCAAAGAAAAGUUAGAAAACGAGAAGAAAAAUGAUUUUUCUUUGCCAGUAGCUUUUUAUGGAUGGGGGAUUUUCUUCAAACAGUUGAAAGUGUACAGCAGUAAACUAACUGACGAUCGAAUAAUUCCCAUGCAGUCACAUGAUGAAUUCAUGCGGCAAGUCGAGAUGGUUGAACUAGUAUUAGACUGCGAUGCAGCAAAAUUAUACCUUAACACCAAAAACGGCAAACAGUAUCAUGUCGACCUGCCUAAGUGGACUAAGUAUAGACUAAUGAUUAAAAUGGGUGAACACAUCAUUUCCAAAAUUCGUAUUGUUGAAUUCCGUAAGGAAUACUAAGUUAGUCUAUAGCAGUAUGUGCUUGACCCUCCUGUGUCAAGGAGAAACGCUGACGAAGGCCUGUUUUAUAAUAAAAGCGACAAAAAUGGUUUCUUUAGGACAUAUUGAACCAGGUUUUUAGUAUGUUUUUCUUUUACAUUAUAAAAUAAAUAGACAUAUAAACGAUUAUAGGUUAUAUUACUAAUUACUGUAGUUUCAAAUAUGAAACUAUAGCUUUAGCUAAAAGUAGUAUAGACUCGUAUAAUUACUAGUUAUAGUUUUGUGUAUAACUCAUUCAGUUAUAACGUAUAUUUAUAUUUGUGUAGCAGUUAACAUUAGCUAUAGCUUUUUAUUGUAAAAAGUUUCAAAAUGUCAUCGUUUACUGAAUGCAAAAUUCUUUAUUAUGUAACUUUAUACCACUACAAUCCGCUGUCAAGCGAAAUUCUUGACCUCUGCGAAAUACCUGAACAAGCGUAACGGGUCAGAAACUUCGCACGUUUAGGCGCGAAAUACAUGACGCUUGCUAAAUUCUAUGUCGGCCAAAACUGCAUGUUUUUUAGAGUUUAUAGAUAAAAUAAUCAUGAUGUUAAUUUCUAAUACUUCGUUAAAUAUUUCAAAUCGACAUCGCUAAGUUUCAAUCAUAAACACUUUAAAUUUCAAAGCGAAUUGUGUGGUCGUUGACCGCGAAAUACACGACGUUUGCUAAAUACAAUCGGUCGAAACGAUUUUUAAGUCCAUAUGCGAUGUUACCAAAUGUUUCUAAUUUAGACAUCGCCAAAUCUAAAAGGCCAACUCACGAACUCAUUGUUGCUGCUUACUAAAUAGUGAGAAGGUCAAACGCGAAAGAUUUUUGGUGCUUAUAGUAUAGUAAUGCAUAUAGCAUAACCUUUUAAACUGGAGUCUAUUUUAUAUCACUAAGUCUAAGAGCGCUUUUCGAGUGGUCAAGACCAUUAACGGCACUCUAUUAAAACUUUUCUUUGUGAUCUUCCUACUACACAACUGGAAAAAUGUUUUCAUUAACGCCCCCCCCCCCCCUAGCAGUGUUGAAUGUACCACGGUACUGUGUUCUGGGAGUUUUUCUAAAUUGCAAUAACAUUUUUUGUACAAGGUCAUCACAACCAAAUUUGGGAAUUCCCUUGCAAGGCUGAGCCCUGAAAUUCCUUGGUUUUUCUUGAGAUGUUUUUCCACGCUUGGAAACGAAAACACGGAAAAGCCGAAAACCUGCGUAGUAACGGGAUGUUCGCCAAGUAGCUUUAUAUUAGGCUGCAUUUCUGCAAGUGAGGGCUAGUGAACUCUAAGGGAACGAUAACGUAUGGCCGCCAUCUUCAUUAUGGCCGCCAUGUACGUAUGAAGUGGGAUUUACGCCACCGAAAAGACAUCUGUUUUUGAGCACUAAAUAGCUGUAUUUCAACAAGGAAAAAAGCUAAAAACUUUCAACAAUACUUGAGAUUUAAUACAAAACAUGUUUCAAGAACGUAGAGCAGUUUUAAAGUUAUUUUCUCAGGCGUCAAAGUGCGAAGUUUUUCGGCACGUUCAAACUUGUGUAAUAUUUUGAAUAGGAAACUGUUACCCAGGAAGUUUUUGCUGUAGUGAAUGUUAAAUACUUAGAACUAUUCAGAAAACUAGGUUUGAAUCUUUAAAGUUGAAGAUUUUUGAUAUAAAAGUACUUUUCUUGCUGAUUUUCGCUCAAAAACAAACAGUUUGACUGAAUUUCCCGCUCCUCGAAACUCUCCCUAGUCCUUUUGAAAGUUAAUUUAUUGCUCGCUGAGCCUCGCGAGCGCUCGGGAGAAGCGCCAUCUUGGCUUCGGGCAAGUAUGGACAUGUUUACCUGUAGUUAGCGUUCCAGUGUUAUUACAGUUCACUGGUGAGCGGCAACCUCUCCUACCCAUAUUAUAAGUACAUAAAUCAGUCGCAUUUUUAGUUUGAUCUUAGAUUGUUUUAAAUUCCUUAAAAUCCUCAGAACUUACUGCCGGGUUUUAAGGAAAAUUCAUUAAUGAAUAUUACAAAAGUUCAGUAACUGGUAGCACAAGUGUCGCAGUAGGCUCAGUCCCAGCCGUUCCCUCUUGGCGGCUCUCUGGAGGAACGGCUGGGCGCAUGCAGUGCGUUCCGUGUCUGAUCACGUGUUAUUACUAAUUCCAAUAUGCGAUAUUUCCGCAUAAAUUAUAGAAUGUUUAUUUUUAUAUGGAUGAGUGUAAUAAUACAAGUCAUUAUUAAAAUAGCCAGAAAUGCUUGCCAGGUUGGAAAAAAACGCGAUGAAUUGAUUGAAUGACAUCUAAGAACUUAAAAACUACACCAUGUGAAUUAGCAUCUGUUCGUGGAUGUUUCGUAUGUUUGUUCUACCGGCUGAAGUUGAAAAUGUAAAAUAUCGCACGAAAAUCGUAGAGAGAACGUGGGAAUUGCUGGAAAAUGCUUGUGAUAUUUUGUGUGCCAUGCAAUAAAUAUUUGUGCCGUUCAUUCCUGAGACAAGUUAACAAGUGCACCAAACUACAACAAGAAAUUGAUGAUUGUAAAAAUCAUCUCAAGAAAGUUUAUAUAAGGAUGAGAGAUUUAAACGCUGUGUUUACCCACCAACGUAGAAACAUCUCCACAUGCAUACGGCGCCCUCAAAGAAAUCGGCUAGGCUAUCAACGACGUUAAACCCCAAAAACUUGUUUUUAAAAGGAAUGAACUUCCAAAUGAGCUCUGCGUCGAGAAGUCCAAUGUAAAAUUGCUACAAACGCUAUUAAGGAUCUGUCUGGUGUUCCAAAUCUAUAAUACGAGACAUAAUAAUAUGUAAUACGAGACAUAAUUAUGAUAAUUAUUUAGCACCGCGAUUUGCGGUGCUAGUAUUUUGAUUGGCUAAACGAAACAAUACGCACUGCAUGCGCCCAGCCAUUCCCUCCAAUAGAGCUCCCAAGAGGGAACGGCUGGGACCGAGCCUAGUGUCGCAGAUGUUUUGUCCAGGAUUUUAGCUUUUUGUGAAAUCUAAUCAAUUUCGUAACAUAUGAACUGACUAUUUUAACAAAUUUUUACGAACCUUUUUAGCAGUGAGUUGUAUUAACUGUUAAUAGUUAACAAUAAUCAAAAUUAUCAUUGUUUUCCUUUGCGGCAACACCGCUUUCGAUCUGUAAUACUUUGCGGAAAUACCGCUUUCGAUCUGAAAUAUUUGCAUCUGGGCUUGUUAUAUAGGAGCUCUCAGGUGGUGUGUGUGUGUGUGUGGGUAUGGUGUGUGGGGGGCUGAGCCUCGCUUGUUAAAACAUUCAUGCCGGUUUGGGGGCUGACCUCCCAAUAUUUUGCAGAUUUCAUAUUCAUAACCUGGAAAGUUCUUUGCAACUGUAGUGUUGAAAUGAUGUGGUAAUGAUGUUAGCAAUCUGUACUUGAUUACUAUGAUCAAACUAUUAGGUCAUGUAUGUGGCACCAACAUGAAAUAGCUUCGGUAUAUCGGAAUCUUAUUUGAAGUUGAGUCCUUUAUUCAAAAAGAACUAAAUAUAAAUUGAGGAAUUACUGUAGAACCAAAAGUAGAUACUGGAACCUCCACGCCUUGUCUCCCUCACGUCUUGUCACCCCCCCCCCCUGUUAUCAUUUCAGUUUUUACCACUGUUGACUGGAUAUUACAGGUCAAAACUGUCAUCUCUUAUCAACUUUUGAACCUUGAUGAGAAUUGACCGACAAACGUGAGCGAGAGUUGCAACACUCAUCACAUCCUCCUUUGACCGGGGCUUUGCAAUGAGAUUGCACUUCUCUCAGCCCAUGCCUGUCAGAUGUUGGGAUCCUAGGUAGCGGCACUACCUGCAAGUGCCUGAAGCUAACUGCAAUCCCUGGUCAGAAGGUCUUAUGCAUGCUUAAUUAAGUAAAGUAGAAAAUUUCAAUUUUUCCCAAUACAUUUUGCAAUAUUUACCAACCAGAUUUAAUAAGAGUCGUACUAAAGACGUAAAUUCAUCAAAUGAUGCCAUCAAAAACUUAACAUUGUUGAGAAAAGUUUAUUCAAACAGUCUGUGUUUUCUGUCUUGAUUUCCAUUCAUUGAAUAGUGUUACAUGCAAAUGCCAUUAUUUUAAUACAAUUUUGACAAUAUUAAACAUAACUCAAAAAAAUUUUGUUAGUGCCUGAUGGCCUGUCAUAAAUUUGCAAUUCGCAAGCGAAGUGGGCAAGUUUGGACCAUGCAGGGCUAACUGCAAAUUUUUUUUGGGUACCUGCAAAAAAAACUAAAUAUACAGGCAUGUCUCAGCCAAUCAUCCAUAGUUUUCUGAUACAUGUAACACUGUCUGCAAGGAAUGUGAUAAAAAAUAUAUAGUUAACAUAUUACCACUGAUGAAGAUCCGGGCUUACGGAUCGAAAGCUUUGCAGUAAUAAAUUUACGUGGUGUUUCCACAAACAAAACUAUUAUAUAAAUAUAUAGUUAACUCUUUAUUUUUUCCUAAAGGUGAAUGUCAUAUGCUGGGAAGUUUUUCCUAUGCCUCGCCAGAGGGAGAAAUUCUGGGCAACUACGCAUCAAGUAAGUCAAAAGAUUAAGACCAAACUUUUUUUGUAUGUUUUACAAUAGGCGCUCAAAACUAACGAGCUUAACGAGCAUAAUAUACCACUUACAUGCAUGACUACAUCAAAAAUUAUUAAUUAUUAACACCUUGGCUAUAGAGCCUCGUUCUCGUGAUUGUAACGCUUCUAUAGCCAACCAAGGUGACGUAUUUCCGGAAGUGUGUAUUGUAUUUUGAUUGACAUUUUUUUUCUAUUAUGUCGUGUUUCUCAACCGCCAGAUGCAUUUAACGUGGUAAAACUAGAAAAUAAAAUAUAAAAAAGUCGUACGGCAAAAAGAUUUUAGGUUUGGACGCUUUUCAUCGCAAAUACGCGACGUAAAAUUGCCUCUUAGUAAAGGCUGCAUUCCAGUUACGCGUUUUUCAUACGUGCGUGUACGCACGUAAAAGUUGAAUUCGCUUAAAAUUUCAUAUAAGUGCAAAUAACCUUAACAAAUACACAUUAAAUCAUACCCAAAACUGAAUGCUGUCCUUUUAUAAAUUUAGUUAUUUCAUAAGUAGGAUGUAAAGCGAAUUCAACUUUUACGUGCGUGUACGCACGUAUGAAAAACGCGUAACUGGAAUGCAGCCUUAAGAACACAGCAGAUCACCACAUAGACCAGUACAGUCGAGCAGGUUUCCCUUGACUAGUUUUCGUGAACUUUCUUGUAUGUAUAGUCGAAAUGUUUCAGAGCCUGGAGAUAGAUUUUUUGUUAUAUUUUAGGUGAGAUAAUUAUCACUAGUUUGAAAUACAUUCGACAGUUGGGAUCUCUUGUUGUGGGUUACAGUUUUGGAUGUUUUCAGAUCUGGGAUUUGGAACAACAUUCCCGGGAGUAAGUGUGAAACGUUUUUUUCUAAUGGGGAACUCUCUUCAGUAUAUCUUGCUUGUUCACGUAAGUGUGGUUAAACUACUCUUAGAAUGGCCAGUCCCUCUAACCUUAACCAACAAGUAAAACGUCGACGUUUCGAGCGAGUUCUCUUGUGAUCGUUUGACCAGUGAGUUGGGAAAUCUCUCAUGGAGAGUCUCGACGUCCUUGCUCUGACUUGAUGUGCUUGAAAGAACUUGUAAAAGUACGAUCAAACGAGUAUGAGAGUUGCCAAUCUCGCUUGUGUUUGACCGCCAAAUCGCAUUGACUCCUGCCCUUUCAUCAAUUUGAGCUUUUUUCAAAUUUUGAUGUCAGUGUCACGCGUGCUAAUAAUAUCCAAUUAAGUUCUUUGUGGGUUUGCAUGGCGAUAAAACAUAUAAUACUUCACAAAGCAUUAAUAAUUCAUGAGGAAAACACAAAGAAAAAUCAUAAGCGUGUCGUAUCUUUAUAUGUGAUAGAGAUUUCCCUUGAUUUACAUAAACUUUAACUUUGAUUUUCUCGACUUACACAACGUAGUUUUUGAAAAUUACUUUGCCAAUGAACUUACUAGAUCGAUCGUUUUUGAAGCGAUUUAAAACAUUCGCAGUGCGUGUUUUCUCAGGCCUAAAGAUACUCCGCUUCACCUUGUAUCUUUAUCAGUAUCUGAUAAAACACUGCUGAUCAUAUUUUAAAUAGUGCAUAGAAUUUCCACUCGAUAAUUUCCAUCUACAAUACCCUUCCACUAAUAUCUCAACGAAAUAAUUCAAGAAAAUUAAAUGAAAUUUGGUAAGUGCACGUAAGCAAUUCUUCAUCAUUAUCAUCAAGUUACUUUCAAGUGAUGCAUAAAAAUUGGGGAGAAAGUUUCGUGCCAUGUGCACUGAGUCUUUAGAAGUAUACCACACUGUAUUUGAAACAAAAACCUGGGACUAUAACCUCAAAUUAUCGAAUAGCGAUUGGAUACUCUAAUUUUCAGGUUGGAAAAGCGUAAUGCUGUGUUACUGUUUUUGUGAUUGUUAUGAGGAAAAUGUGGAAAAUGUGUUUUAGCGCACAUAUAUAAAUACUGUAUGUUUCGAUAGAAAUUUUGUAGUAAUGUAACGAAGGUAAAAAUUGGACGAGUCGUGCAGUCAUGAUUCAUGAAUACACUGCAUGCUACAUAUAUAUGUUCAGUGCAUGCAUACAUCACGUCGUAGUUGACUUUUCGGGUGUUACUUUCUAUGCCCUAACUUUCCACGCGGGCGUGAGCUAGGCCGCUGGACCUCCUCCAUUUAUUUUCCCACCUUCCCAGUUAUUUCCACUAAAAUCCGGCCUUGGUUUAAAGUCCCCUGUAGAGGGCUGUUUAGAACUGAGGAGUUGUCAGCAUAAAUAAAGUUAGCUUUAGUUUCGAGAUCCAGUUGUUUAUCGAGUUUCCGCCACUUAAAAAUGACUUUGUAUUUAUGUACAUUUUAGAUUCAGCAGCUUAUUUGGUGUUUACAUGUUACCUGUGACUCAUAUAAUUUACCAGGUGCGCAAUAUAUUCAAGUCUGUUAUGGUCAAUAAUGCAGGGUUUGUUGCAAUUUGAAGUUGUUAAACAGUUGUUGUUAUAGGGCUUGUUCAUGCACCCCGUUUGGCUUGAAGGUCAAUUUAAUAAUAAUUCACCCUGGUGGAACGAAAUUACGAAAUAUGUUGUGCGCUUUUCAUGUGAACACGCAAUGAUUUUUCGUUUGCAAGGACUUUCUCACUUGGGGGCUGCUUGCAUGUGUAAACGUCAAUUAACGCUAAUUGCGUUUUAUUACACACAAGAUUUUUGAUCAAAUAUUUGAUAAAUGAACAAGCUGUUUUCUUUAGAGCAUCGCAUGGCGUUCAUAGUAAAAAUAAGGAACAAUUUGUGAUUACACCAUGUAUUUAAUUUCAUUCUGAGUUUUCGGCUUGUGUACUCGGGGCGCCGUCUUCAGAGAAAGAGUGAACAUUAGAUUGCGUCUGUAAACCUAGAUACAGUUAAUGUCGCGUGCGCAAAUAUGCGUACGCCAAAUUUAAAUACAAUAAUUCAACAACUCUAAAUUGGAAACAACCUAGUCAUAGAAAAGUAGAAAUAAACUAACUGUUAAAAUUAAAAAAGGGAUGUCCAAGUGUCAUUAAGUGGCUUGCCAUCUUGCGGAAUUGUCCGAUGUUUAAAAAUCUCUAUUGAUUCCCUCAUUUUCCGCUUUGACGUUUUUCUUUAACCUAGGAUCACGCUAACCAGCUGUCGGACAACCGGUCCCAAGUGAAUUAGCAGGUGGCAUAUGAAAAUUAAAGCCCCCUAAACUGUAUAGCUGUUCUGUGUUCUGUGUUCUUAAUUAUUGGUUGUUGCACGGUUGUCUUGAUAGGAGCCCGAGAACGAUCCGCGAUUGUGUUGUUUUCUGUGGGUAGCCCGUGGACAGACUGAGAACGAGGAGGUUGGAGACUCACCGACCACUAUUACUUUGUACCAACUCAUCUAUGAACGAGAGGAAACAUUAUCUGGUUAUGGUCGGGUUUUGAAGGUAAGUAGAUCACGGGACAACAGGGCGGUCAAAAUACAUUGUGCAUAAAAAACUGCGUGCUCGAAUUCCGAAUAGAAUAAUAACGCAAACCGUUUAUGAUUAUGUUAAUUUUAAAGCUUAGUCAUUCAGAUUUUCAACGGUAUAGGCUACUCUUGUAAUUUGAUAUGGUUCGCAAGAAAUAUAUAUUUUUUGUGACUGAGAUUGGAGAAUACAAAAUUUGAGAUGCAUACCAAACCGAUACUAACUCAUUUUGUCAGUAAAACGAAAUAAUUGAAGCAUUUUGGCAAUUGUUUAUCAAAAGUACUAUGGCAUUUUGUAGACUACUUUUAGUUCGUUUUAGUAACUUUGCAUGCAUUACGGUCUCGGUUUAACGUGGUUUAAACCUGCACCAACUUCCUAUUUCAGUCCGUUUGAUUCCCGCAUCGUCGUGCGUUCCGUGGCGAUUCGCUUCUUGCGAACGUUCGUGUAGUUAACUGGUUAAUGAUAAUUCAUUCUUAUAUUUCUUCUAACUUGUAAUGAUUUAUUUUAAAUGUUUUACGCGCCCAUUGUAAGCGUGGUUAAAUCAGUGAACUCUAUAGAUAUCUAAAGCAAUAGCGUCAGUCAUUCGGUCUAUAAGAAAAGUGAAGCCGAUAGACCCUUCCGGAAAGUACGUCGCUUUGGCUAUAGAGCCUCGCUUUCGUGAUUGAGAGGAUUGGAUUUAACUGAUCUCGCAUACACGAAAACGAGGCUCUAGCCAAUUGCAAAUGACGUUACUUUCUGGAAGAGUGUAUUGACGUUCAAUAGCUAUGAAGAUUGUAAACAGUUUUACUACCAUUUUCCCCAGCUGAUUCCAGUUUUUUUAUCGGACCGUAUGCUAAUCCAGUUAUCAGUUCAUAAAACCAUUGUAAUGUUAUUUUUUAAGUCGAAGUGAAAAUGCUCUGCAGACCACGCAGAUAAAACCAAUAAAGUCUGAAAGUGACGUCCAAUAUCACCAUCUUUAGCUUCACAUUUGGACUCGAGUUCUCGCUCCAGAUGUAUACAUGGAGUUCACUGGGCAAAUAUAGUUUAUCAUCAUUAAUGAUGGAGACUUUGUUCUGCCUCUUCGGUGUCGGUAUUAGUGAGGUUUAGAUUUGAUUUCCACUACCAUUGCCGCCACAAUUAAGGGACCGUUAACCAAUCAGAUGCAUUUAUUUACCCGAUUAACCAAACACACGCGUGCUUGUCAGUAAAAGGUAGGGGUAUAAUGGUAGUGGAAGUCUAAACCUCACUAAUUUAAUAGAUAGACUCAAUCGUACAAUAUUCCAAAAAACGUUUUUAGGAUUUUUCUGGAUGUGGAGGGCGUUUUGAACAUCAGUUGACAGGCGAUCCUUAUCACUUGGCUGACGCAACCACUUGUGGUAGCAGAGUGUUGUGUUUCUAUACUUUGGGUAAGUUUAUUGCUUGUCCCCACAAACAAAAUAAACUGAAUUUGCUGUAUUUAUAUUCUGGACAAUUCUAUAUACGUCUAAUCUUGUGAAGGUUUUUGUUUCCAAGCUUCAAUGAAUCAUUGACUUAAUUACUUGGAACGUACAGAGAUAUAUAUGACUGAAUUUAAAUACAAUAAAAAAACUUGAAACCCCCCAUUCCCCCACCCAUUGUUGUAUGUAGCUCGAAUGCAUCCUCAUUAUAUGAUGAGCUUGCUUGAGAACUGCUAACGUGGCUUUAACUAGCAGCAACAUUGAACAGGAAUGGGCGGAGUCUGCAUUGAAGGGGGAGAGUCUGCAGAAUAUGAAUGCUGUUCCAGCAAUGUUGUACCCUAGCUAGUUCUAGAGGCUCUUAAAUAUUGGUGAGGCAAAAUAACGGCAAGGCGAAAUAAAUACGAGGCGAACGAGCCUCUGGUCAAAUGGACUGCAAAUCUCACUUCCUUACUUGAUUAGGUUCAAAAUCUGAAACUCGCAUGUGAUUGGCUGUUUGUAAAAACAUGUCAAACCGGUUUGGAAAAUAUACAGUACUAAAAUCAUUGCUACAUUUAGCAGGCUAUAAUUCGUUCAGUGUUUGUUUAUAUUCCAAACCGGUUUGACAUGUUUUUACAAACAGCCAAUCACAUCACAUGUGAGGUUGAGGUUCAGAUUCGAUUUGACCAGAGGCUCUUUCGCCUCGCCGUUAGUGUGGACAGCCACCAAGGGAAAACUUGUAGUGUGCUUAAUUUUCUACUAUGUUAAUCAAGUUAAUUAGGAAAUUGAGGAAACUCUCGUGUAAAUUCUGUCUCUUGUCAACUCUUAUGCAACUCUGAUCAUGUUCUCAUGUAAACUCUCUCUUGUCAACUGUCACGCACCUCGUUAUUUUAUAUGACUUCUUCACUUAUAUUUAUCUUUCUCUCUCAAUCUUUAUCUGUUUUCCACUUCAAACAUAUCGCGGCGAAGUGUAACGUAUGUAUUUGUUUUGUGAGCAUUCAGAUAGAAUUUGAUGCCCUUGAAACAAAGAAGUGCGUUGUGUUUCGUUUCGAUUGAAGUGGAAAUCAGACGUUAUUAAUACUCUUAAAUAAUUAUAUUGUAUAUAUGUGUUGCUGUAAAUAGUGCAUGACUAAAUAUUGAAUUAAUAUACUGUAAUUUAAAGUUGCAGGACCCCACUGAAAAACACUUCGGUGAUGUGGGUAUCCUGGCUAAAUAUGAAGAUAAUAAUAAUAAUAAUAAUAAUAAUAAUAAUAAUAAUAAUAAUAAUAAUAAUAUGAUUUGUCCUUGCCAUGGUAGUUACGGAAACUCUCGUGUAAACUCUCUCUCUCUCUCUCUGCUAAUCGUGUUUAUGUUUGACCUGGCCAUGAUAGUUGAAGAACCUCGCAUGUCAACUCUCGCUUCUCAACGUUCAUUGUCUGACCGAGCCAUGAGUGCGGAGGAAUUUCUCAUGUAAAUCAUACCUCUCAUGUAAACUCUUGCCAGUCCACUCUCGCGCAACUCUUGUUCUCGUUUGAUACACUCUUAUGGCAUGUUUUUCAGUAACUUUGCAAAUAUUUGCCACUUUUCAGAACGAGACGAAGCUGCAAUUGAUGUGACAAGAUUAGAUGAUAGUUCUGAUGAAGUCGGUAAGUUUUAUUUUGACGCAUAUGGCUGGCGUAGAAGUAGAAAGUCCCAUGAUGGAUGUGAAGAAGAUUGGGUAUAGCUGCCACAUUUCAGCUGCUCACGGGAUCAGCCUGCCGGAACAAAAUGGCUUGUGGUAGAUUCGCUUUUUUAAAUGAAGAGGAAUUGUUUAAAGUAUUGCCAGGACAAUAACAGCACCAAAAAGGUCAAGAAAGAAUGCAAAAUUAUUUUCGACGGGUGUAUAUUAUUUUCUCUUUACUUAAAUGUUCUGUUUUUCGUCUUUAUUACCGGCUGCCAGUUUUGGCAUUCUUGUUCUUUUGAAUGUGUAAUAACAUUGGUCUCGCUCUGGAUAGUUCUUUAUAUCAUGCUUAACCUCAACCAAUAAUGGUUUAAUCUAUUUUCAUUUAGUGUCACGUGAUUUAACUCUUGUCGUGUGUGUCUGGGAAGCUCCUCCAGUAGAACUUCAUUCCAGUCCCUCUUCUCAUAUGGCCGUGUUCGACAUCAACCGCUGGUAUCACUCACAAAUGCCUGCCAGCAUCAGGUAUG